AUGGCUUCCACCGACACAAAAAAGAAUGACGUGCUCGUCUGGGCUUCCAAGGACGGCCACUACCGUCGCCAGGUGUCCUCAUUCCGCGACUCGAUCUCCAUCGCGCCGGACAGCCAGUUCCAGCCAGAGCUGAAUAGGUACAAACUGAUCGUCUCGUAUGCGUGUCCUUGGGCACACCGCACGCUAAUUGUCCGCGCUCUAAAGGGCAUGGAUAAGGUGGAGGGUUUGCUGCCGUACACUUCCGUCAACUCGUUCCUCGGCUCGAACGGGUGGACCUUUACCUCCGACGAAGGCCCAGAAGGACUUGGCAUUCUCGGAGAGGGGUUCGUACCCGGUCACAAGGACAAAAAGCUUAUCAGGGACUUUUACAGGGAGGCCGAUCCUGGUUACAACGCUAAGUGCACGGUCCCCAUCAUCUGGGAUGAAAAGAACAAGACGAUCGUAUCGAACGAAUCAUCUGAGAUCAUUCGCUUCAUGAACACGUGCUUCGACCAAUUCCUUCCCGAAGAUAAAAAGGGGCUCAGCUUCUACCCAGAGGACGACAAAUUGCGCAAGGAGAUUGACGAAUUGAACGAAUGGGUAUACGAUACAAUCAACAAUGGCGUCUACAAGUGCGGGUUUGCGUCUAAGCAGGAAGCAUACGAAGCGAACAUCAAACCCCUCUUUAAAAGCUUGGACCGAAUCGAGUCCAUCCUUUCGGAUGGGAGGGACUACUUAAUCGGUAACAAGCUCACCGAGGCCGACAUCAGGUUGUACACGACCAUCAUCCGCUUCGAUCCGGUCUACGUCGGCCACUUCAAAUGCAACCUCAACACGAUCCGCGCAGGCUACCCGGAGAUCCACCGCUGGUUGCGCCAGCUGUACUGGAGCGUCCCCGGGUUCAAGGAGACGACGCGCUUUGAUCACAUCAAGGCUCAUUACUACCAGUCGCACUCGCAGAUCAACCCGACACGCAUCGUGCCAUCGGGACCAGCGCCCGACAUUCUCCCGCUGGAGGCGCAAGACUCUGCCCGAAAGCGCCAGAAGACAGACUCAUAG